AUGCACCAUCCACAGUCCCAACUGCAUCACCACCAGGCCACGCAUCCUUCGGCACCACCGCCGCCGCCGCAGUAUGUACCGCUACAGUUUCAACAGCCACAGUUUCAGCAGCCGGAGCCAACUGUUUUUUUUUCUCAGCCCUACACAGACGGUGCUAGUGGCGGUGUCUACGUGGACCCUGCAGCAUCGCCGGCAGGAGUGCCGACUGGGUAUAACCCACAUUUCUCUAGCAACCACGUCUUUAGUGGCGAAGAGAACACUCCCAUAACGCAGGAGGUGCAGCAUGCCCAACAUGCGCAUGUUAUGUCGAUAGGCAUCGUGACCCCAACCAUCUCGAGGGGAGAGUCUUGUGUGUCUCCCAGGGCUUUUGGCAUAAGUUCGCCUUCAAAUAGUGCCAACACCAGUCCCUUGCUUAGGCAUCACCCUAACAGGAUGGUCGCGCCACCACCACCCAAACCAUUUUUGCAGCAGCCACCAUCGUCUUCAAUUACGAUGAUUGCAUCACCGGCGCCCGUCCCUCAUGAAAGUACACUACAUGCCACUCAGCCUUUUUACCACUCCCAGCCGUACCAGCAACAACCGUUCCAGCAGCAACAACCGUUCCAGCAGCAGCAACCGUUCCAGCAGCAGCAACCGUUCCAGCAGCAGCAACAACAACCGACAGCCGUUCCACCGAUCCAGCGACCACGUAGCGGAUUUAUGGCGUCAAUGUUAAAUGCUAUUUUGCCACACGAUGCGUUUGGAAGUAAUUUGACGCAGGGUUCUGUUCCACUGUAUCAGCAGCGCUUUGGCUACCCCGAGGAUGACCUCCCACUACUAGAGGAGUUAGGCAUUUUCCCGCAUCAGAUACGCUGUAAGGCUUUGGCGGUUUUAAACCCCUUUAAGCCUAUGGCACUGGAAGCCGUAGAAGACAUGGAUCUGGCUGGGCCCAUUGUCUUUGCUGUUGCUCUUGCCUUCUUGUUGUCCUUGCAGGGAAAGCUGCAGUUUAGCAGUAUUUACGGCCACUCCGUGUUUGGGAUUAUCUUUAUGAAGGUCCUCCUCUCUCUGAUGACGGACCACGGCGUUGCACUGCAGUUUGUUAUUAGUGCCAUGGGGUAUUGUCUUAUUCCCAACGUCAUUUUAGCUGUCUGCCAGUCCAUUGUAUACUUGCUAUUUGGCAAAGUAGGAAGGACGAUGCUGGCGCCGUCCAUGUUGAUUGUCUUUUGGUCUGCAUGGUGCGCCACGGCAAUGCUGGAGAGCGGGCUUUCCAUGGAAAAGCAGCGGUACCUCAUCAUGUAUCCCAUGUUCCUUUUCUACGCUGUGCUUGCGGCACUGACGAUAUUCUAA